AAGAACAUAGUCUUCGCUGGAAGCUAAUUAGGUGUUGUGCGCUCAGCUGUUGAGUUGAGGUGAAUACUUGGUUGAGUCGGGCAGCACGAGCUGUGUGUGUUUAUCUGCGACGUCGUAGGAGCUAUCUACAUCAGCAAGAUUCCAAACAACUUCGACGUGCUAAACACACUCGCUCUUGUUCUUUUGAAAUCAACCAAAGUGCAAAUUUGACGAUGGUGAAGGUAUCUUUUAAUUCGGCCCUUGGGCAGAAGGACAUGAAAAAGGACAGCGAAACCCUCAUUCCCGAGGACAAGGAUCCGGAGGUGGCUCUGCCGGUGCGUCAGCAGUCCAAGGCCUGGUGCUGGUGCAUGUGCCUGGGCCUGGCCCUCAUGCUGUCUGGUGUGGUGGUGGGAGGGGCCUACCUGUACAGGUACUACAUCCUGGAGGAGGGCCAGGUGUUUGUGUGCGGGGUGAAGUACCGUGAGGAAGACAUGAUGAUCCUGGAGGAGGAGGAUGUGGAGGUGGACCUGCCCUCCAGAUUCAAGAUGAUCCAGGAGAACAUCCGCGUACUGGAGGACCAGGAGGUGGCUCUCAUCAACGUACCCGUGCCUGAGUUCGACGACAGCGACCCUGCCGACAUCGUCCACGACUUCCAAAGGAGACUGACUGCCUACCUGGACCUGUUCCUGAACAAAUGCUACGUCAUCCCCCUCAACACCUCCAUUGUCAUGCCUCCCAAGGACUUCCUGGAGCUGUUGGUCAACAUCAAGGCUGGUACCUACCUUCCUCAGUCCUACUUGAUCCAUGAGGAGAUGGUGGUGACUGAGCGCCUGGAGGACGUGGAACAACUGGGAUACUUCAUUAACAACCUCUGCCAGGGCAAGGACACCUACAAGCUGGAGCGCAGAGACAGGAUCCUGGGUAUGCAGAAGAGAGAAGCUCUCAACUGCCACAAGAUCCGUCACUUUGAGAACAAGUUUGUGGUGGAGACCUUGAUCUGUGAGCCCUAGUGACGUCGUUGUGGCUGUGGGAAAAGUGGCACAUUGUCUCUAUACAACCUCGCUUCAUUUUACUGGGAGCGCAGUUGGAGAUUUGUAAUUGUAGAUUUCUCUGUUUUAAAUGUUUCCAUUUGUUAUUUUACUUCAAGUAGUUUUGUGUGCAAGAGAAUUGUAAUGUGAAAAGGGGCAAUUCGUCUCUACUUAAAACAUGUAAAAAAGGGUAACAGUCAGUAGCGUGUAUUUGUUUUUAUUAUGCACGGACACAAUUCAACAAAAGACCGUAGGGUUCUAUUUUAGGAAGGAUCUUUUCGAGGGCGGGACUGCUAGCUUGUCAGAAAUGUAAACCUCACUAAUGAUUUGAGAUCUAUGUUUAGUUUACUGGGAUCAAAAACAGGGAUUAAGGGUUGAAUUGACGCAGAACAUGUAUGGUAUAGACUUAAUUAAACAAUCAUCUAAUUGUAUUUUUUAAUACAGAAAUGAAAAUGUGCAAAGGCAUGGCAAAUGGAUACUUUUGUACCACUGAACCUGGUUUUAGAAGGGACUAUUCCAGGGAGUUUUCUAGAUUUUAUAUUUUAAUUGUCUGCUGUAACUAUUAAUAUACUGCAAAUAUGAUUUCUUAACUGUAAAACAUCUUAAGAUAAGAGUGUGGAUAAAUGUUUCUUUCAUCUAGCUUUAAGAAAACAUAAAUCAAGACAAUUGUCUAAAGAAUUAAAAUCAGAAGGUUAUUCAUUCUUAUACAACAGUAACACUUUUAUUUCACCUGUUUUUUUGUUUUCUUUCUUUCUUUCUCCAAAUGUACCAGUUUUUGAAUAUUUUUUUUUAAUCACUCGUACUAAUUUGUAUAUAACCUCUAAAGAUUAUGACCAACACCACAAUAAAUCUUAAACCAGUAAUACGGA